GCGAAUAAAUAAUUUUAAAAUGGAUUCUUUGGAAAAAACAACCAAAAGUAUAUUGAAAAGCUUAACGCUUUCAUCAGCGAAAGGUAUAACUGUACAAAAUUUAUGUCGCGAUUAUCGAGACAUUGUCGGAACUGCAAUACCGUUUCAGAAAUUGGGCUACUCCGAUCUAAUGGGGUUUUUGAAAAGUAUUCCAGAUACAAUAUUUAUUUCCGGAUCUGGAAUGUCAGCUCUAGUUAUUCCGGUAACUGACGAAAAAACAGCACAUUUAGAAGAUAUGAUACAAAAACAGAAAAAACCCUCGUCGAGAUCAAAAAAGAGAUGUAAUUCCAGUCGAAUUAUUCAACGGCCUAGAGCUAUUAGAAUAGACACAAACAAGAGUGAAUACACAAGAAGGGAUUAUGGUGCCGCAAAUAUUUUACCUACAGAAGAAAUUGGAGAAAAAUUUAAUAAUUGGGACGAUUUUAGUAGCGAUGAAUCUCAAGGUAUAAAUCAUGCGAUGCCAACAAACAAUGAAAGCCAUUCAACAUCUUUUAGCAAACCAAAUAUUUUACCCACCAAAGAAAUUGAAGAGAAAUUUCAUAAUAUGAAUGACAUUAGUAGUGAUGAAUCACAUAGUAUAAUCAAUCAUAUGCAGCCCACAAAGAGUGAUUUUCAUCCAACAUCAACUAUUCUAAAUGAAACAAAAUCAAGAGUUCGUGCUACAAACAAUAGUUACAACGAUUUUGCAGCAUCAACCAUUUCAAGAAAAUUCAAUGAUCCAUUUAAAGAUAAAUUACGUGAAUUAAUAUCAAAAUAUCCAAAUGGUCUUUGGUGUUGCGAAUUACCACAGUAUUACAAAAAACAUUUUAAUGCAAACUUGAAUGUAGCAGAAAAAGGCUAUUGUAGUGUUAUACAUUUUUGUACAUCACAUUCAGAUAUUUUUCAUUGCAUCAAACCAGAUAAUGGUGAUUGGAAAAUUUUUGAUGCUCAACGUCCAAUUCCUUAUUUUGAAAAUGAUAAUAAUCAUUCUGCUGCUGAGGAAACAUCAAUGGUCAGAAAUAAAGAUAAUGCUUUACCAGAAUUGGAUUUAACCGAUGUUCUACGCUUUUCCAACCAGAAUAUUGAAGUAAUGCCAAGUGAUAUUUUACAAUUUGGUGAAAAAAUACCAAGACAAUGGCUUCAAAUACCCGACGAUGGAUAUAUAACUGUUCGUGUUACAGAAGUUUAUGAUCCAAGUAAAUUUUGGAUACAGCUUUAUAGCGAAGAUUGUUCGGUUGCUUUGGAUCAUAUGAUGAAUGAUAUGCAGGAUUUCUACGUACUAAAUGAAGCUUAUAACAUUCCUACAUCCGAUGUUCAAGUUGGAUUAUAUUGUGUUGCAUUAAUUUAUAAUGAAUGGCAUCGCGGAAUGGUUGUAAAAAUAGAAGAUCCUUAUGUUAAAAUAUUUUAUUUCGAUUAUGGAUCAAUAGCAAAAACAUUCAGACAUUCGUUAAAAUAUUUACAUAAAAAGUUUAGUAUGUUACCACGUCAAGCAAUACGAGCGCGUUUAGCUAACAUUCGGCCUAGAUAUCCAGCUGUAAUGUGGUCAAGUAAAGCAACUAAAUUAUUAUUAAGUUUGAUUAAUGAUCGUGUGUUGGUUGCUGAAGUUCUUAACUCAGUUGAAAUUGAGUAUCACACGUUACAUGUUAUUUUAACUGACACAAAUGAUCCAAAUAAAGAUGUUCAUAUCAACGAUGAGUUGAAAAAACAAGGCCUUGCUGAACUGAUGGCAGAGGUUUGUAAGGUAAAUACAUAUUAUAGAAAUCGUCCAAUAAAGAAUGCACAUUAUUUUUUAUAUCCAAAUCAUCAAGAUAUUGAAACUGGAAUUGUUCCAACCAUUGACGAAGUGGCAAUAAUGACAGCCAACGGUAUAUCUGUGGAUAUGAUUUUUAAACCUUACAUUAAUUCAGUUGAAAAUAAUAAAGAGUACAGUUUUAACUUUAAAGAAGCACCGACAAAAAGUAAACCCUAUCAAAUGGAUUUUUAUGUAUCUAAAAAUAAAGAUGUUACUGAAAAUGAAGAGGUCGAUAGUUGUCUUGAAAUUGAUGAAGUACUUCCUGAGACUGAAUACGAUAGCGAUGGAUGUAGUUCUAUAGCAUCCAUUGGUACUGUACAAGAUGAAUCUCUGCGUCCUAAAACACCCAACUUGGAAACACAAAUAAAUGAAACCAAAAAUAUUGACAUACCAAAACCUAGACCUACAAUUUCAACGACGACUAAUGUAAAACCACCCAUUGAAGAACAACCCAAACCAAUUGAUGAAUUAACAUGUACGAAAGUAAUUAAUGAUACUUUAAUGAGAGUUGAGGAAGUGAUUGAUACAUCACUACCAGAUCGAUCAGAAAAUAGUUUGAAUAUUAAAACACACUUUGAACACGAUGGUAGUGCCAUAAAUGUUAGCAUACGACCACCACCUGGAUUCCAGUUAUCAAAACCUAUAAUACCACCACCAAUUGAUCCAUCUACCAUUCAAAAUCCAUAUUAUAAUCCAUAUCAACAAUUUACUGCUUCUUUAUCACCUUCACAUGCAGCUCAACUAAUGCAUUCGAUGAUGUUGAGUUAUGGAGCUGGAGCUGUUGCAGCUCAAUCAUACAUGUCAUCACAGGCACAAUUAUAUCAAAAUAUGUACCAAAACCCAUAUUAUUUUUCCAUUCCAACACCAACAAGCCCACAAGUAAUUCCAGGAUUUCUUCCAAUGUCUACAUCAAAUGUAAAUAAUACUUUUCCCAAAAACCAAUCGUUUAAUAAUGCAUCAAAUAAUACAUUACCAGUGAAUUUAUUAAACUCAAUUACACAACAAACGGAUAAUUUAUCGUUACAGAACAAUAAAAAAACAUCGAUAAACGUUCAAACUAUCGUUGAAGAUUUAAAAGAUAAUUUAAAAACACUACUUAAAAUUAAGGAAAAUAAUAAUACAGAAGAAAUUCGUUUGUUAGAAGCUCAGAUAAAUGAAAUUAUUCGAAGUAUCGUUACUGAUAAUGUAAUCACAAGUUUAGUUGAGAAUCUUAUUAAAUUAAUCAAAUUACAAAUCUCUAAACUAACACUGAAAGAAACACAAAAUCUAAUUAGUUUGGAUGCUAAACAACAAAAUCGAAAGCAAUUGACAGAUGCUUCAGCGAUAAAAGAUAAUGAAGUUUGCUGCCAAGAGAGAAAUAUUUCAAAACAAAUUAAUCAAUCUACUGAAAUUCGACAAAAACUAACAGAUGCCUCUAUACAAGUGGAUAUUAAUUAUGAAAUAAAUAAAUUAAAUAAUGAAACAACCGAAACUGCAAAAAAUAAUUGCGAUGUGGAAAAAAUUAAAAAGAUUGAAUGUGAAAAAAUAAAAAAUGUGAGGAGAAUGUCCAAAGAGAAUAAACAUAUCGUAAAUAACCGCAAUGAUGAUAGAAUUGAAUUAUCUGACACCGAUGUUGAUACUGCGUGUAAUGAUAGAGAUAAAAAUUGGAGUGAAAAAUUAAUCGACGAAUUAAAUAUAUCAAAAGAUAAAUCUAUUUCGAAUGAUGAUAAUUUGUGUAAAAAGAUUGAACCUAAAGCUAGUGUUGAGUUAAAAGAAUUUGCACAAAAAAAGAUUUAUGUGAUCAAAAUUAAUGGAGAAUAUUAUUUCAGUACUAUCGAAUUUCUGUUAACAUAUACAAGAUUUCCAACUAUCGAUAGUGUUAAAUCACUUUUUAGUAGUUAUAAUAUUGAUUUUCCAUCUAUAGAAAUUAAUAUAGAAACACACUCUAAACAUUCUUAUAAAAAACUUUUAAAGCACAACGUUCCAGGUUGUUUUCCAGGCAGUCCAUUAAUUCAAUUGGUAAAAUGCAAAGAUGUUCCUGUAUUGAUAGAAAAAUUAUUUGCUGCAAAUCCAGCAUUAAGAUAA